GAUGGAAAUAUUCUGCACAGCCCUCUGGGGCUGCAGUUUUCUGAAGGUCAAUGGUCACACGUAUGGGUUUUCUAUCCCUGCUCUGGGUCUGUGCUGCAUUGAAGCUGGGGAGCUGGAGUGGUGCUGAGAACUCUCAGGGAUGAGCUGGUGAACCCUGCGACCCCCAGGACUUGGUGCACAGGAGGAACAGGAGCACUUGUGUGCAAUCAGGGCUUUGUGUGUGCAAGAAAUGUGCCAGCUGAUGCACAGUGUUGGCUACUCACAGGAGAUAGGAUGGUGCGAGGCAGCAUCAGAAAGCAGUUAUUUUCAUGGAUGAGUGGCUUUUCAAGUCAGAGCAGCUGCUGGAAAUGGAUCAAGGACUUCUAGCAUCCUGUGUUGAAGGGCUUUGAUGACACACAGAUCACUGCUUAAAGGUUCUCCAGCAGUUCUACAGCCAAGGAUUGUGUUUGGGAGGUUUCUCCUCUGUGCUGCUGUUUGUUCUUGCCUGCAUCCUCUGCUAUUACUACAACAGCCUCUGUUCACAGCAGAAGACAAUAUUAGAAGAUUCAGUAUGCAGUUAAUUACUGAAGCUAGGAAAUGGGGUACUGCCCCUUAUUCAAGGUGCUGUAAGCCUUUAUGUCCUUACAAAAGCAGAUGGCUGAAGCCAGAGAGAUUUUCAGCAAACUGGGGCUGUCACCAACUCAAAUAAGGAAACUGCAAAGGUGCUGGCAGAGUUUGUGGGUGGCCUUUUGGUAGGGAGAGCUGGCUCUGCUAUAGAUAGGAACACACUGGAGCUGAAUUUCUGCAACACUGUGAAAAGCAAAGAGGCUGGAGCUGAUGCUCCCAGACAGCAGCAGAGCCUGCAGUGUAGCUGGAGGAGCUUGGAGCACCUGCAGGCAGCAAAUGCAGCCCCUUAGCAUCACUGCACAGCUUCACAGCCCAGUGUUAAGCAGAGCAGAGCCCCCAACACAUGGCAUGUGCAGGGCUCUGUCACCCACCCUAGCUUUCUCCAAGGCUGUGGCAUCUGCAGCAGGCUGCUCCAGCAACACCAUGACAACAGAGCUUCCUGCUCCCACCAUCUGGUUUCAGUUGCACACGGCUCUGCCAGGCAAACAAUCCCUGCUGAAAUUUUCCAUGCCUGCAGCCUGCCUCAGGUCAUAGGGUUUCUUUCUUUUUUUUUUCUUUUUUUUUCUUUUUCUUUGAAGCUUUCUGAGCAACUCACGGCAUUCUCAGAUGUGGUUCAGUUGUUGGAAAGAUUAUUUUAAGAGAAUAAAGCUCCUGGUGUAGCUCGUGAUCAGUGACCCUUCCCAAGGGACUGGCUGCAGCCCUUCUCCUGCAAUGGUGUUGGAUCUUAUGAGAGUGACCCAGAGGAUCUGCCCCAGCUGGAAAUGCAGCAGCAGAUGGCUGGAUUGCUGCUGGCUCUGCUUCUGUGCAGCCCUGCAGCUCUUGGGUGCCAUAGGAACACUUGGCUGGGGACCUGCUGUGUGCCUGAUGGCAUCUCAGGUGGCUUCAGCCACUGCCAAAGCCUCAGUGCUGCCAGCAGCAGCAUGGAGAAACAAUGCACAAUAGGAUCCAGUUACCAUGGGCUGGUAGAAGGUGAGCAAAGGCACACACGCUGGAGGAGGAGCAGUGAGCAAUAGUAGGAAGAAACAAGGUGAAUUUCCUGCUGCUUUCUCCUGUGCUUUGCUGGGCUGACCAGUGUGGGCCCCUCCAAGGGAGGACAUGGAUUUGGGGUGGGUGAAGGUGAGUUUAUGUACGUGGAAGCACUGAAUGUUGAAGGACAGGCUCCGAGUUGUUCAUCACACUGGAAGUAUUUGGGGUGGUGGCUGCCAGGUCCCCAGAAAUGUCAGCGUUAGUGCUCAGUAGCUAUCAUGGAAUCAAAUGAUGCAUUUAGAUAGGAGCAGAGAAGGAAAUAAGAAACGUUUUGCUGCUAUGAAACCACCGGUGCACCCACAUCCAACCACGGUUCCUUCAUCCCAGAAACGGUUCUGUGCGAGGCCCGAUGGGGACCGCACUCCUCCGUCUGAGCUGCGAGCAUCACAGAACCCGCAGCUGAAAGGGACCCACGAGGAUCUCGGAGUCCAUCUCCAGGCUUCGCACAGAUCUACCCCAGCGGACCCACCAGGUGGCAGCCGCCCACCGCCGUGUUGGAGGUGGGACCGGGGCGGGGCGGCGGCGGCGGCGGCGGUGCGGUGCAGGUGCGGGGCCGGAGCCACGCGGACCCCCCCGGCCGCGCGCUCGGAGCCGCCGGGGCACAAAGGUUCUCCCAGCAGGGCACCUGCAGGAUGGCGAGAUGGCUGCCCCGCUCCACGGACCUGACCCGCUUCUGCCAGAAACUCAACAGAGUGAAGACCUUGGAAGCCGACAUGAUGGAGACAUCCUUCAACAGGUGCCUUUCCACCAUCGACUUGACGCUGCUGGGCAUCGGGGGCAUGGUGGGCUCUGGGCUUUAUGUCCUCACGGGCACCGUGGCCAAGGAGAUCGCCGGCCCCGCUGUCAUCGUCUCCUUCAUCAUUGCUGGCUUCGCCUCCCUCCUGGCUGCUCUCUGCUAUGCUGAAUUUGGGGCCCGGGUGCCCAAGACGGGCUCUGCCUACAUGUUCACCUACGUGUCCGUGGGUGAGAUUUGGGCUUUUCUCAUCGGCUGGAACGUGUUGUUGGAGUACAUGAUUGGGGGCGCAGCGGUGGCCAGGGCCUGGAGCGGUUACCUGGAUUCCAUUUUCAACCACAAAAUUAAGAACUUCACCGAGACCCACGUUGGCAUCUGGCAGGUGCCCUUCCUGGCCCACUACCCUGACUUCCUGGCAGCUGCCAUCUUGCUGGUGGCCACCGCCUUCAUCUCCUUUGGGGCCAAAGUGUCCUCCUGGCUCAACCACGUCUUCUCGGCUGUCAGCAUGGGCGUCAUCCUCUUCAUUCUCAUCAUGGGCUUCGUUCUUGCGCAGCCCAAGAACUGGAGUGCCCAGGAAGGAGGCUUUGCCCCCUAUGGGCUGUCGGGCAUCAUGGCUGGCACGGCCACCUGCUUCUACGCCUUUGUGGGCUUCGAUGUCAUCGCAGCCUCCAGCGAAGAAGCCAGGAACCCGCAGAAGGCCGUCCCCAGGGCCAUUGCGUUCUCCUUGGGGUUGGCCACCGGUGCCUACAUCCUCGUGUCCAUGGUGCUGACACUGAUGGUGCCCUGGCACACGCUGGAUCCCGACUCUGCCCUGGCUGACGCUUUCUACAGGAGGGGCUAUUCCUGGGCAGGAUUCCUGGUGGCUGCUGGCUCCAUCUGCGCAAUGAACACGGUCCUGCUGAGCAACCUCUUCUCCCUGCCACGCAUUGUCUACGCCAUGGCCGAGGACGGGCUCUUCUUCCAGGUGUUCUCCCGGGUGCACCCGCGCACACAGGUGCCCGUCAUCGGCAUCGUGGUCUUUGGGCUGCUCAUGGCCCUGUUGGCCCUUGUCUUUGACUUGGAGGCUCUGGUGCAGUUCCUGUCCAUCGGCACGCUGCUGGCCUACACCUUCGUGGCCGCCAGCAUCAUCGUGCUGCGCUUCCAGCAGCAGAAGGCGGAUGGCCCCGCGCAGCCGGCCGGCAGCCAGCCCAACCCUGAGCAACGUGAGGGCAUCGCUGCCCCCGAGCUGAAGGAGUACGAGUCCUUCUCCGACAAGCUGCAGCUGGUGGGGAGUGACAAGAGCAAGGAGCAUCGUGAGCCAGGGCAGCUGAAGGCAGCCUUCGAGCCCUACCUGGAGUUUCUCAGUGACUUCUACCCGGGCGAGGUGGUCACGGUGGCUGUGGUGACCCUGAUGGUGUCUGCUGUCUGCCUUUGCUCCAUCUUGGUGUUUGGCAACACCCACCUCCACCUGCCCACCUGGAGCUACUUCCUGCUGCUCGUCCUCUUCAGCCUGGGCUUUGUGCUCAGCCUCCUCCUCAUCUGGGCACAUGAGCAGCAGCGCAGCACCCAGACCUUCCAGAUCCCCCUGGUUCCCCUGUCCCCAGCACUGAGCAUUGUCCUCAACAUCUAUCUCAUGCUGAAGCUCAGCUACAUGACGUGGCUCCGCUUUGCCAUUUGGCUCAUCCUUGGCCUGCUCGUCUACUUUGGCUACGGCAUCUGGCACAGCAAGGAGAACCUACGGGAGCCACGACCACAACGUGUCAGUGCCCGCUACGUGGUGUUCCCCAGUGGCAGCCUGGAGGAGACGGUGCAGGCAGUGCAGCCCAGCCCUCAGCCUGCCGCCGGGCUGCCAGACACCGACACCACUGAGGUCAAGAGAUGAUGCCCAUGGGAGGGGGCUGUGUGGCUCUGGCAGUGCCCACCCACCUUCCGGACCCCUCUGCUCUGCCUGACCCCUGUGUGGCGAGGGCUGCCCGGGUGCAGGGCUCUGUCCAGGGGUGCUGCUCACUUCUCCUUGCAGAGCAUGGUGGGGCUGGCCCCCUCCUUCUCAGCACUGGAGAGCAGCACUCUGCCCCCAGCCCCAGUGCCUGCCAUGCUCAGAGGGAGCCUCAUCCCCACCCUGCGCCCACCCAGAUGCCAUGCAGCAAAUUCCCUUUUUCCAGCUCAUCCCCACCGCCUUGCAUGGAUGGAGGAUGGAGACAGGCAGCGUGCCCAUCCCAGCCUCAUCCUGGCUUCUGCUGCUGAGCCCUGCUGCUGUUCCCUCUGCCUGCACUUCUCCCCUUCAAUGCCAGCACUGAGAGGCACAAGGAGCAGCCAGGGCCACACGAGCUGGGGAUGGGACAUGGCAGCGUGCAGGCAGGGACCUGGUUUGUAGGCAGGACCAUGGGAAGGGUGGCACAGGUUGUGCCCUUCCCCUGUGCCCCAGCAACUGCCACACCUCUGGGCUUGGGUGCUGCCUUUCCCUGGCUCCCAGGGGCUCGGGAUGGGCUCAGUGGGUGCUUUUUGAUGUCAUCCCCCCAGGUGCAGGUUUUGGAGGGUGCUGGAAGAGGCUGCUGAAUCCCUCAGGCUUUGCAAUGCAGACCUUCUGCCCCACACCAUCCCAGCAUCCUCCUAUGGGGCCAUGCCCUGGUGGGAGCUGCUCCUAUCCCCUGCCCAGUCCCCCUGGGGGCUCUGCACCCCUGGACAGUGCCCAUGUCCUGCUCCCCCUGCACUGUCACUGCUGCCCAGCCCCUGCCCUGCUGCGGCCCUGUUUGGCACUUCUGUGUAGUGGUUGUGAGCAACGGGCUGACCUGUUCACCUCCAUAAACGCUGGUUAUGCAAUGGCUAUGGGUGCAUGUGCUGUGUUCCCCUUACAGCCCACUUCUUCCCAGCAGUGAAUGGCUUUUGGCCAGAGCUGUGGGCGUGGGGCAGGGAGCUGGAGCCCUAUGGAUGCAUAAAAGCUUUCAGCCCAAUGUCAGCUGCAGGGACCGGGCUGAACAGGGCAGUGUCCUGGCACUGGGAUAGGGUCUGUGGUGUUGUCCCAGAGCUGUGACCUGAGUUGAGUGCAAACUCAGUGUCAAUGACAUGAAUUAAAGACAAGCCAUGGAAUACA